CAGGCAGGAAGGGGUUAAAUACCUGAAGUGGGCGAAACUCGGUUCACUCCCGACCUUCGAAACCAGCAAGAAGACUGAAACAAACAAAUCCGGAAUGGCCACGGAUUUCACACAGGACUCGGUUUUACGUUUUAUCCAGAGUAGAGGCGGCUCGGUGAGGAAUUCGGACCUGCUACUGCACUUCCGGGGCUUCCUGCGGGAUCAUGCGGAGCAGGUCCAGAACCGCGAACUCUUCAAGAAGUUCGUUAACUCCGUGGCUACCGUCAAACAGGAGCACGGAGCCUCGCACGUCGUUCUCAGGAAGAAAUUCAGAACUUCGGCACCAGUCGGAGGUGGAGGUGGAGGUGGAGGCGCUACUUCCGGGACUGUCGCCGGGAGGACGUCUGAGCCCUCCCCGGAGAAGGCUGCCUUGAACCCGGCGUGGGGCAGAGGGAGGGCUCGGCAGAAAGAGGCGCCAACACCCACUGUGCUGAGUGGAGACGUUGGCAUGAAAAAUGUCUUACCUGUGGCGGGUAUCGUACUCAACAACAACAAUAACGUCCAAACUAAUUUGAACCAGACACCACCACCACUUUAUCAACCUCAACUCUCAGUCCAGAGGGGACCAGAAACCAGAAACCAGUACCCUCAUGUGGGGCCACAGAAGGCGGCCUCGGUUCAACAUAUCAUAGAAACCGAACCCAGUCUUCAUCAGGGUCCGAGUCCUUCUCAGCCACGCCGGGCCAGACACAGGCAGAGCUACAAAACCGCAGUCUCCUAUGAUGAUCAAGAUCAAGAUGAAGAUGAAGGGAUCCAGAUGAGGCCAGGAGGCCAUCUUGGCCCCGUCACUGCCUCCACAACACAUCAGCCUCAGAAUACCGUUCCCAAGAUUUACAUCCAGAAUGUGGAGCAGGGAAAGGGGCCGGGUUUGGGGUCGGGGAAGGAGCUAAGACCACCCAAGCAGAGUUUGGACUUUGCAUGUCUCCAUGAGGAGGUGAUGCCCACCCGACGUAGUCUACCCGCAGAGCGCUCCUUGCCAGAAGUGGAGGAGGAAGGACGGUCCUCGCAUCCUGGAGGUGCUCAGUGGGAUCACAGACAACCUGAGCGGGCGUGGAUGUCUACCAGCCACAACAGCAUCUUCUCGCCUUCAUUUCCUGCUGGCCUCUCCUGUGGUGAUGAUAGGACGCUCUCCGGCCCUGGAGGAGCAGGAUGGAAUGGCAGCGCUGAGAAACCACAGGUGGUGGCAGGUGACCUGAUGGGCGGCGUAAAGAGUGAAGAAGACCUCCAGCGAGCUCAUGGAACAACAAAGCUUGGCUAUGCGGCGCAUCACGCUGACACCAAGGUCACGACAUCCUGGCAUCGCUCGACAGGUGAUCUUUAUGACGACCACGAGUCAAGCGAUGGCUCCACUUCUUCACCGGCGGCCCAUCAGCGGCCGACCCUCGCCAGACGUGUCAGCAGUCGGCUACGAGGCAGAAUGUGCCGCAGCGUGGGCGCCGACCUGGACCAGCUGCUCCACGACGAGGCCGCUCCGGCCAGAGCUGGAGGGAACGAAGCGGCGCGACUGAACCGCCUCCAUCGGAUCUCGUCCUCGCUGAGCCUCCGCUACAACCUGUCAUCCUCGUCGCUGUCGUCCUGCUCCACGCCGUCCCGCUGCAACAGCCUCGCCGACCUGGCGGAGGGGGCGGAAGCGACAGGAAACAGUCCUCCGGCAGCAACCAGCACUCAUCAUGAAAGCCCCAGCAGACAGUCGUUGGUUCCUCUGGAGCCCAAGGAGCAUGCCUGGCUGGUAAAGGGGGCAGCGGGGGCGUGGCCAGACAUCUACUCCCUGUUCAGGGAGGACCCCUCCCUUCUCAACAGACGAGACUUCAUUUCCGGCUUCACUGUGCUGCACUGGAUUGCCAAACACGGCGACCACCGAGUCCUCAACACCCUGUGGUAUGGAGUCCAGAAGGCAGGCUCCACCUUUGACAUUAACGCCCGGUCAUCAUGCGGCCAAACACCUCUUCACAUCGCCGCCAUGCACAACAACAAGAACAUGAUCCGCUUGCUGGUCAACAAGUUCCACGCGGACGUGAAGCUGAGGGAUACGGCGGGGAAGAAGCCCUGGCAGUACCUGAGCCACAGCGCACCCGCGGAUGUGGCGCACAUGCUGGGAGCGCCCAUGCCCGCGGCCAGGCGAGGAGAAGGAGGCACCCCGAGUGCAGACCACAGCGGUGAACAGAAGCCUCAUCGCCGCCAUCGCCGCCAUCACCUGUCCUCUGCGUCUUCGGGAGAAAGACCCAGGACCGGCUCAGGUGCCAAAGUUAAACGAUCAACAUCAAUCGCGGCGUUCCUAAAACACAAAUCACUGAGUCGCUUCCACGGAUAUAAAUCCGAUGGCUGACGGUUCACUGCAGGAGUGAAAUACCGUGACUAAUCGCUCACUCACGGUGCAACUGAAAUGGGUAUUAACACAAUGCUUACACACCAACACACAUGCAACAUUUUAUAGUACUCAUUUAGGAUCCGCAAGGCAUGCUGGACAGCCCACACAGGUAAGUUACCCAGCAUGAUUUGCGGGUUAUAAAUGGCUAAAAUAUUGUUUUGCAUGAAUAUUAGUGUGUGAGCAUCUAUUUCCAUACCCUUGUAGUUGAUGUAUCGCAGGGUAGCCACAUUGUGUUAACGUUUUAUUUCUGGUUGAACCGUGAAAAAGGCGAUUUGAUGACCUCCAGUGGUUUGGACUCUCAAGUACUGGCAAAUACUGGCAGUUGGACUGUGCAACCAAACCUCAAAGCAGAUGGCGCCGGACAUUCGUGCAAAUGUCCGCCUCUCUGUCGUGUUGAUGUUGGAUGUAGCAAGUGUGUUGAUGUGAGGAAGUACGUAACGGGUGAAAAACUCCAAAGGUGUCGCACAUAAACGGUAGAACAGGUGCAUGCUAACUUGAACUGAAAAGCCAAAGGAUUCGAGAGGAGCCAUUUUGAUAUUUAAAAUAUCGUCAGGCUAAAAAAAAAGUCCCUACAGUCGCUGGUGAGUUUUGGUAUUGAUUUUACCGUACAGUAUUUGUACAGUCACUUCAUAUUAAAUGACAAAUGAACGUG